CAGUAGGGCGACACUUUUUUUGCUAUACUUUGUAUACCAAACUUGAAUUUUUAUAUAAAUUGGCAAAAUUGUACGUCAAAAUGAAAAAAUUUAAACGUCGGAAACGUCGUAAUUGUCAAAUUUUGACUCGAACAAUUAUUUCCUAACCGCCAUAUUAUAUUGCAACCACCGAGUAACCACGCCCGGAAUUUUGGAUUUUUAGUUUUUUCUGCAUAUAUGUUUUCUGAGCCCUAAUACUUUAUUGUGAGAAUAUUAUUCGUCGCUUCUAGGGAUUUACUAUGGAAAAUACAGUGAAACGUAAUGUGAGAUAUCAAAAAUGUACUAUUUGUGGUCUAAAGAGGACCCCUGGACUGGAGCCAAUGUAUUUUUGAAGAAGUUUCCACUUGAUCCAGAUCGUUUUCAAGAUAUAACAAAUUCAGAGAAUGUGCAAUGCAAUGAAAAUAUUUUAUCUAAAAAUGCUGAAUACAGCUUUCUCCCUUUGCCCUCUACUUCGCAGCCACCACAAGGACUUACUUUUGAAAAAACACUAGUUUCCCAGAAUGAAUCAGUAGAAAAUGUUAAAGUUCCUGUUCGCAACUAUGAAAGAAUUGUGGGAAAACCUAAUAGAAAUAGAGAUUCUACAUUAACUGAACGUGAGAAGAUCCUGCUGAGUCAUUUGACUCAAACUAAAUUAAGCUUAAAGCGUUUGGCAGUCGAAAUGCGAACUGUGAGGAAGACACAAAUAAAUUAUUUGUAGCUUAUAACGAUAUUAGCAGGGUCCGCACUGACAUGCCUAAUAGAAAUAAUAAUGAUGACAUUCAAGUUGUUGAUGAGAUAUUUUAUCCUGUUUUGUCUUUGCCCAAUGAAAUCGAUUUCUUUUUAUAUGAAAAUGAUUUAUGUAACUUUUUGGAGCAGUCAGUAGUAUAUGUUAGUGGUUAUUUACUUGCAAAAUUAUUAGACGAAAUGUCAGAAAUGUAAAGAUUCGUUAAAAGUUGAUAAACCAGUAGACGACUUAAACAAUUAUAUUACUUUUAAAGAAUGGUGGAAAGAUUCGAGCUCAUUGUGCUUUCCUUCUAAACCUUUAUGUCAUUUUGUAAACAAGAGCCAAAUUCAUUUCAAAGCUAUUAUAUCUCAGGACUUACAAAUUAAAAAUAUAAAGCAGUAGACUAGUUUGCAAUUAAGUAAUGAGCAUUUUAUAGAAAAAAACAAAUCAAUUAAUUCAUAAUCUUUGUUUAUUAUUCAUUAGAAAAUCAUGUAAAGACAAAAAUAUACAAUUAGAAUAAUGUAAUCAAGACAAAGCUUAGAUAACAAUUUUUAAGAUUCUUGUUGAAUAUUUAUAUUUAUAUUGUCAGUACUAUAAAACAAUGUUUGUAGAAAACAUACAUAUUGGCAGUUCUUCUU